GCAUAACAGCCUAAACAGCAUGGUUAUUAAACUUGAAGCUCGUUCUUAGAAAAGGUGCGUUGUCUAAGAAUUUACCAGUCUAACUGUUAAUGGGCUUUUCGGACUCAUACCAUCUGUAUCCAUGAUCCAGUUCAAGUGAAUGUGUGCAUGGCCAUGAUAAUGAUAAUAUCAACUGCGGAAAUAAACUUCACAAUGUCGUUUGAGAAUGUAACCUAACGCUUCACGAGUAACACGUCAAGAUACUGGAACAAGAUGAACAGACAGAACAUUCCUCCUCUCCACCCUGGUGUGCUGGCCAUGGGCUCACCUUUAUCUGGUCCCCAGAGCUGCUUGAUACAGGCUAUAGGGAUUAGCAACCAGGAACUGGAAAGUCUACUGGCAAAGCCUGCUAAAGAGUUACCUGUACAAGUCUUCCAUGAACUUGGCAAUAAAUUGCAACCAAUGAGUUAUGGGGUACGUACUGGUGAUUGGGUUCAUGUUGCAGAACUACUAGGGUUUUCUCAACAGCACAUUGAAAAUUUUGAGGUAAAAUCAAACAUCCAACGUGAGUCUGCAGGUUUUCUGAUGUUAAUGGAGUGGCGUGGACAUGAAGACUGCAGUACUCUCUUUAUACUGAGAGAUACCUUAUGGAGCUGUGGUCGUUAUGAUUGUGUCACUUGGCUGGACCAAAAGAUAGAAGAAACAAUGUUUAUGCAUCUUUAUCUGCGAAUCAUAGAUGACUGGAAUCCAUCUUCACCCAUGCGAUUGCUGAAGGUUCGCACUAAAUGUGACUCAACUAUACAAGAGAGUCUUCAGAAUUUACUGGGUGGAGAUUCUGACGAUAGUGAAUAUGAAUUGGUGGACACACCCUUACUGUCAAAGGCUAAAGGGUUCAAGGGAAAACAGAUCACUCUGAGGAAAAAGGCCUCAAGGCGACCAGAUCUUUUACCUUGUAAUAUAACAGCAGGGGAAACCUCUAGCUCAGAUAACAGCAUUGAAAACAGCAUCAUCUUGACUCAAAUGAAACAAGUAAAAUACUUACCAAGUGUAUACAGCAAUACCAGUCCUUGUUGCUUGAGGGAGGAAGAUCAAGAGGAGGUGCUACCAAAGAGCUGUGGGGAUACAAUCAAAAAGACUAUUUACAUCACAGAAGAUUGUGUUUACUGUGGCAAGAUGAGGACCGUCAGUCAGAGACUUGUCAGUGAAGCUUCUUCCGCUAUCAAGACAGGGGUUCACUGUCUGUCAUGUAAUUGUUCUGCCUCUCCUCUUCCCACCACCCAGCCAUUACUUUCUCAGUCAAGUGUCCCUGGAGUGUUGUAUCAACAUUUCAGCCGUUUGGGACAGGACAUUUCACCCUCCUCUGAAGUUUCUUCAAAUCAAUAUCCUGUAAUGACUCUCAACACUGAAAACAGACUGUCAGAGUGUUCUCUUGUAGAGGACUCAGAAAGGACAUCAGUGAAACAGUUGCAUAGAGAUACUGCAUCAGAAAACUUUCCUAACUACAAACCAAAGGCAAACUCAUACAUAAUGCUGCCUUCAGGCACUAGUGUUGGUGAUGGAUUGCAGGGAUUCUCCAGAGAUCAGUCGUCUUUAAUAUCAGCGUCACAGACAAAGAGACAGAGAUCAGUUUCAGAGCCACCAGAUAUUUUAGUCGCUGAACUUAAAGACAAGUUUGAUCUUUCCAUGCCUUCUUCCUCUGCUGAAAUCCAAAAACUUCCCAAGAAGCGUAAAAUAGAAAUAUCUUAUCAAGAAAUUUGUGAAAUAAUGAGAAAUUUUCCUGGUUGGGACCCUGAUGAAACAGAAAAUAUGGUUGAGCAGUCAAUGUCCCACUACUGCAAAGAGGAUGGACACUAUGUUAUUUGGUACAUGAGGGAAACCCAUCGUCUUGUUGUUACUGUCAGUCAUAUGAGGAAGCUGGUCCAUUACGCCGUUUUUUCAGAACGACACAGCAAUGGACAAGACUGGCACUACUUCUUUCCAGAGCAUAAAUUCCCUGAUAUUCGUUCUCUACUAAGGCACCACAUGGAAAAUGGCCUUGACCCUCAGUCUUCUCAGAGAGGUCAAGGCCGUAGAGAUUUUGAUAAGCAGCAGAAUAUGCGGAACAGUCGGCGAGAAGUGAUAUUGUCACACGUGACCUUAAAAUAUCCACGCCGACCACAGCCAAUUAAAUCCAAUGAUAAAGUUUAACAAUACCCUGGUAAUAUCAAUAUCUAACAUAAUACCCUGCAGACCAUAAAGUCAAAUGAAAAAGUUUAGCAAUACUCUGAUAAUAUUGAUAUCUAACAUAAUAUCCAGCAGACCAUAAAGUCAAAUGAAAAAGUUUAGCAAUACUCUGAUAAUAUUGAUAUCUAACAUAAUACCCUGCAGCCCAUAAAGUCAAAUGAAAAAGUUUAGCAAUACUCUGAUAUUAUUGAUAUCUAACAUAAUACCCUGCAGCCCAUAAAGUCAAAUGAAAAAGUUUAACAAUACUCUGAUAAUAUUGAUAUCUAACAUAUUACACUGCAGACCAUAAAGUCAAAUGAAAAAGUUUAGCAAUACUCUGAUAAUAUUGAUAUCUAACAUAAUACCCUGCAGCCCAUAAAGUCAGAUGAUAAAGUAAGUUAAACAAAACUCUGGUAAUAUUACAUACCCUGUAGCGUAUUUGGGUAAUGAAAAAUUAACAAAAGUACAAAAGUCUGAAAGAAGUUCAUAUAAACUGCAUUCAUUUUGUAUUGGGAAAUAAUUGGUAUUUAUAUUUUUAUUAUAUUUGUAUUUUAUGUAUUUAUUUGAAGUGCUUCUUAUUUUUCCUCAAUCCCUACUUUUUCAUCAGGAUGUGUUGAAGGUUGUAUACAUUUGCAGGCGAGUAAUUGCAGAAGUUGUGUUUUGGUUGUACACAAAGCAAGUUUUAUUUCAUUUAUGUUUUUUGAUUAUUAAAAGUUUCCUUGAAAUGUUUCAUAUGAUAUUUUAAUUUAAGGAGGCCGAUAAUGUAAUUAUUUCUACCCUAGAUAUUUUGAAAAAUUUUCCUGUAUGAAUUUUUACUAUUAUAUUGUUUAAAGAUAAAAUAAUCGAUGUAUACCAUCCCGAUUUCUUAGGGGGCAUCUCAAAAGUUGUCAAAUUUUACUAUAUUAAUUUUGUAUUAAAAUCACAAAAACUAGGAAAGGUGUAAUGUCGUACCUACGACUGCAUGAAAAUAAAAGCUGCGCAAAGUCAUGCGCACUUGAAUUAGACUCGGCCUCGUUAAAUUCAGUUUUUAUCUCAUUGUAGACAAUCUUCAACAAAACCACUUGAUAUUAUAACUUGCUGACGAAAUACCCAGAUCUGAAUAUUUUUAAUAUUGCAAUAAAAGUCGAUGUGCCACUAUAUUUACAAUUAGUACGUUUUAGUAUAAGUCUUUUUUUGUAAUCUCCUGAGCAUUUAAUAUUUAUAUAUAUAAUUUUUAUUCAUUCAUAAAUCUGAAUACCAGUGGGUUAAAACCAUUAAAAAUUUUUUAUUGUUAUAAAAAUUUGUAAGCACUGUUAUUCGGUAAAUGGUGAAUAUUUGCGUGAGGGAAAUUUUUGUAAUGAGUAAAGUUACACGUGGAGAGUGGGGGUGGCAGUAUACCGUGUUAGCAGCCGGUGGUCUCCAUACCUGUAUCUAAAUUUCAUGUAAAGAUAAUUAAUGUUCAUGUUUACCAUUUCUUUUAUGUAGAGUUCAUGUUUCUUGGAUGAAACUUCCAUACAUCUAAUUAAUAUAUAACGAAGAAUAUUUUUUUUCUCAUUUUUUGCAAUUAAAUAACAAU